CACCUUAACCGCGACUGCAUAUGCUCCGGACGACGCUGUUGCGUGUGGGUGGCGCUGUGUGCUCGCCCACACCACUUCUCUGGCGCGUUCAUGUCGACAACGACUUCCAAUCCGUCUGAUAAAUCCGUUCCUCGUCAAACACCCGAGAUGGCCCAGUCCCCCUUGAGAACGCCCGGGCCAGUCAGUACGGUGCCAACUAUGGUUCGCGGAGACUGCCACCCAGUCUACUCGCCUGACGAGCUCAAGGCCGUGGAGGUACUUCACAAGGCGGCAAAAACCAUACCGGACAAGAUGGCCUAUCGGCUCGUUCGCCUGGCGAGAUGGGGCUUCGACUUUGUCUCGCGGUACAAGCACAGGCUUCUCCCGCCGGGCAGCGAUAUGACUGUCCAGCAGCUGCGGCAGGGCGGGUACAUUUUCGAUGGACGUGGUUGGCUCAAUGUGCGAUAA